AGGGAAAGAGAUGAGAAAGACACAAAGAGAGAAGGAGGGAGGGAGGGAGAGAAAGAGGGGGGCAGAGGUACAGAUACUAAGAGAUAGUUGUCAAGAGAGAAAGAAACAGAAGCAGAUACUAAGAGACAGUUACUGAGAGUCAGUAACUGAGAGACAUGCAGACACUGAGAAAAGAGAAGUCUGGAGCUUCUUCCACCCACCUUGUUUUUAAAGAGCUGGAAAAGGAGCCACCAGAGAGAUUAGAAAGUGAACGGUGGUCCAAAGGCAAGUUAGCAGCAUGUAACCAUUCUCUGUGCAGAGAAGGCUAACUGGAGGGCAUGGCCGAGUUCGAAGGGUGUGUGCGUUUGUUUUGAAGUUGGAGGAAAAGUGUUUGCUAGGAAAGGUGUCAGUAAAGAGGAAGAGCGCUGAGAUGGAAGAGGUCCUGAAAGGGGGUGGGGGGUGGCGCGGAGGGAGGACGGACCCAGUCCGGGGCCAGGAGGGGAGGCCAGGGGAAAGGAGGAGGGUAUGGCUAUUUGCUCAGAUGCGUGGAGGAGGGGAAUUGAGGGGAAGUUUCAGGCAGAUGACUUCAUCUCCUGCUUGCCUGGGAAGAUUGAGGCCAAGGACUGACAGUGAGUGGGUUUAAGGAGAAAGGAGGUUGGGAGCAGCUGGGGAUCAGUAGCCGGAAGCAGAAUAAUUGCCCCGCCUCAAGGGAGGGCCCGGGUGAAAGUUAUUAGCUUCCAUUCUAGGACCCCAUCUGGGCCUUUCCAUCACUUUCUUCUACUUUGUUAAAGCAGUUGAGGAAUGGGAGCAGAGAAGGGGAAUCAUCCUUAUCUAGCAUUUUAAAUUAGCAGAAGUGACAGAAAGGCAAAGGAGCAGGCAUUCAAGAAGGAGGGGAGCAGAGCUUGCAAGGGUUGCGCGGGUGGUCCAGACUAGGUAGGGAGACCAGUCAGAAGAGGACGUGCAGACAGAGCAGGAGGGCAUCAGCUGGCCAGGAUCUGGGGGAGUGAUUUAUGUCAGAAAUGGAAAUUUCGCAGUCAGUGAUCGCCAAGGGGAAGCAGUUUCAAGUCAUGGCAGCGUCUAAGAUUUGACCACCCAAGUGAGAGGCCGUGGGAGGGAGGUCAUCAGAGUUGAGGCAGGAGAGAAUUUGGGAGGCCCACGGUGUCAAAAUAAGGAGGAUGAUGACAGCUGCCAUUUGAAUAGCCCUUUAAGUUUUCCCUGUAAGGUUUAAAGCCGAUUGACAAGCAAGCUACAGGGUGCCAGGGCCUGUGGGUGAAGUGUUAAUGAUCCAGGAAGCCAAAAGAGAGUGCCAUGGGUCUUGGUAUCUACCUGCUGGGAGGAUGGAGCCUGGGGAAACCAUUCUGGAGGCACUGAGACGGGAGGUGAAGGAAGAGGCAGGCCUAGAAUGUGAGCCAUUGACGCUGCUGGCAGUGGAAGAGCGAGGUCCCCGCUGGAUCCGCUUUGCUUUCCUUGCCCGUCCCACAGGUGGGAUCCUCAAGACUUCUGAGGAGGCAGAUAAGGAGUCCCUCCAAGCUGGCUGGUAUCCACAAGCAGCCUUGCCCACCCCACUCCGUUCCCAUGACAUCCUGCCCCUCAUAGAACUGGGUUCCCACUAUUACCAACAAGCUAAACAUCCUCCUACUCUGCCCCAAGAGCUUCCCUGCAAGUUUAUCUGCCAGAGGCUUAUAGCUGCCUUUACCAGUGCCAAGAAUAUAUGGGUGUUGGCAGGUACAGAAGGCAGUCUCCAUUUGCCCAUCACAGCCUGUGGACUCACCCCAUCAGAGCAGAAUAGCAGCAUUGUGGUGUCUGUGUUUCGACUCCUACAGCAGUGUUUGACGCUAUCUCAGUUGACAGUAAAGACCCAGGGGGUACUGGGGCUGCAGCACCUGGGCAAGAAUCAGGCCGAUGGGAUCUGCCUGAAUGUGCUAGUAACAGUGGCCUAUAGAAACCCAGGUGUCUUCAACAAGCCACCCGAGAUUCAAGGAAUCAACUUCUGCUGGUGGCAGGUGGAAGAGGAGGACAUGAGAAGCCACCUCCUAAAGAGACUUCAAGAAGUGUCCGUUGUCCCAAUCCACAAUUAGCUGAGCCGCUGGGCAAUGGGCACACCUGUAGGUAACUGAGACCACAUGGUUUUGAAUUUUCUAGGAUGCCUGGGAGUUGAGCCCACAGAGAUCUUCUGGGGAGGGGGGUAAAUAGGGACCUGCAGGUUCUCAGGCCACUAUCCUCCUUCCAAUCCCUAGUGCUGCUUUUUGCUUGCCAACAGGAACUUUGACUAAACUUGGGCAGAGAGUUCAGAGCCCAAACACUGGUCACCUAAGGCAGAUUGAAAGCCUACCCAUCAUAGAGCCUGAGAUUAUAAAACAUCUUGGCUGCAGAUGAAGUCAGGUCUACUUAUCUUUUGUGGCCAGCUUGCCAAUGGUAACAUCUUUUAUCUUCUUCUACAGUGCUGAAGCCUGGGUGUGUGCCAGUUGAAGGGUAAAUGGGAGGCUGCUGCAGCAUGCCCUCUUCCUGAGCAAUUGGGUGACUGACCAUGUCAUUGCCCUGCUCAAAAAUAGCAUUAGAAAAUAUAAACUUCUAUACAGGCCUAAAGCCUUCCACAGUCUGACUUGUACUUAGGCUUCUCACCUUCUUUCAUACUUGUUCCCUUCGUGAAGUCUACAUUCCAGCCAUACUAGACUGCCAGCUGUUAUGGAACUCAUCUCCCAGCUUUGUGUAUUUACAUGAGGUUUCCUUUCAGCUUGGAAUGCACUUCCUCCUCUCCAGUUCUUGGGGUCCUUGACUACUUCAUGGAUAAGUUCAGGUGCCACCUUCUCUGUGAAACAGUCACUGACUCCAUUAAUUCUCUUUCAAUUUCCUUUGUGUUAUGCUUCUUUGUCUGUCUAUCUCCACAGUAGAAUGUAAACUCCUUGAGAGCAGCACUGUUUCUUUUUCAACCCCUUAUGUCUCUAAUAAACACUUAGUAUAUAAGUGCUUAAUAAAUG